GUCUACGUGGUGAGGUUUGGAACCACUAACCCGGUUGUACACUUAUCACCAUGGUUGAGACUCGUAGUGGGAAGGAGACUAGCCCCUACACCACUGAGCAGCAAGAAAAGAUGGCCGCCUUAGUCAGAGAGAAUAAGGAGAGGAAAGAGCGUAAAAAGCAAGUCAAGCUAAAGGCUAUCGUAGACGAGCAAGCGGCGAAGAUGAAGAGAUUGGAGGAGGAGAUGAAGAGGGUACAACAGGAGGAGGAAGAAAGAAGGAAGGAUGCUGAAGCAGAAGCGGCUGCAGAAGAAGAGAAAGAGAGAAUGAGAAUUGAGAGUGGGGAAGGAAGUAGUGGUGGCACGAUGAAGUGGGAGACAAAUAUUGAGCUGGAGAAGAAGAUCAGCGAGUGGGUCGCUAAUUUAUCGUUGGGGGAAGACGAGAAGGCGGAGUCAUAUGUGACUAAGGAUGAGAAGGCUGCGCUGGCCGCUGAGCUAGCAGCCAUGACAGACCCAAUGGAACGAAGAUAGAGGGAAGACGAGCAAAAGUUAGCAUGGAAGCUGAGAAUGAAGAGGGAAAAGAAGA